GGCGGGGGUGGGAGCCGCUGUGUCCCCACACUGGGGGACAGGGACAGGCCCCCUGUGUCGCAACAUCUGAUAACGGCGGCUAUAAAGGGGCCGCGGGGGCAGCGGCCGCGGCGGCUGGACGGGACAGGGGACGGCGGCGGACGGGCCGCCCUGGAGCUGCCACCAUGGCUUGGCAUCUGCUCUUCCUCCUCCUCCUCCUCCUCCUGGGCAGCCGCCCCCUCUCCGCCGUCCCCCAUGCGCCGGGUGACGAUGACGGGGCCGCAGCGCGGGUGCUGCUGGCACAGCUCGCCCAGGACAUUCCCCCGCGGGCACUGCCGGGGCGCGGGGUCUUGUGCCAGGACCUGUGCCCCGAGUCCCUGCCCGGCUUCUCCCGGCUGCCGCCGGCGCCGCGCGCCCUGGCCCGCGCCGCCAUGGCCCUGGCGCUGAGCGCGGCCGCCUGCGCCCCCCAGGCCGAGGCCGCGGUGCUGGGGCUGUGCCGGGAGAUGGGGGACCGGGCGGCCGCGGCGCUGCUGCGGGGGCUGGCACGGCUGCGGGACACCCCGGCCCCCACGGCGCUGCCGCUGCUGCUCAGCCUGGCGCGGCCGGGGGGUUCUGCCACCGCGUUGCCCUGCGCGGCGGCGCUCAGGAACAGGACCCACACCCAGCUGUGCCGCCGCAUCCCCCGGCGGUGGCGGCGGGAGGACGGGGACCCCUGCGACCCGCCGGGGGAGCAGGAGGCCCACAGGGUGCUGGAGUGGGUGCCGACUGUCAGCACCUUCUACAACCUGGGCACCAGCAUCUACUUCGCCUUCCAGGGCUGUGACGCCGAGGCCUCGGCGCGGGCGCUGGAGGUGGCCGAGGACCUGGGCUACGCCGGGCUGGCCGCCCUGGCCGCUGCUGUCGGUGGCCCCGUGGGGCUGGGGGUGCAGCUGGGGCUGCAGCCGGGGCUCAAGGCUGGGGUGCGGGCGCUCAUCGGCUACUUCACCGCCGAGCAGGACCCCCCGCCGGCCCCCACCGCCCACAGCGGCCCCGUCCUCAUCAUCUGAAUAAAGGUCCCGUGUGGCA